AUGAAUUAUUUACAAUUAAAAAUCUGCAGAGACCUACUUAAGGUCUCUAACAAAACAUCACUAUUCAAUGGAUACUCAACACCUUCUCAAGUAAUUCCAAGGUUGUCAGUUAGAAACUAUUCAAAGAUAACUGUUGUCGAUGAUAGAAAUUGGAUAUCGAUUCCAAGAAUCACUGUUUGUGGUGUUGGUGGUGGUGGAUGUAACUCUGUCAAUAAUAUGAUCAAGAAACAAUUGUAUGGUGUCGAUUUCGUUGUUGCCAAUACCGAUGCUCAAGCACUGGCCAUCAGUGAUAGUGAGAAGGUUGUGCAACUAGGAAAGGUAUUGACUCGUGGAUUGGGUGCAGGUGCCGUUCCUGAUGUUGGACGUCGUGCCGCAGAGGAAUCACUCGAUGAGCUGAUGGAGCAGAUCGGUGACACUCAAAUGCUCUUUGUCACUGCCGGUAUGGGUGGUGGAACCGGUACUGGUGCCGCUGCAGUUGUCGCCGCCGCCGCCAAAGCUCGUGGAAUCUUGACCGUCGGAAUCGUCACCAAGCCAUUCCACUUUGAGGGACGUCAUCGUAUGAAGUUGGCAGAGGCCGGACUCGCCUCUUUGGAGUCGGCAGUCGACAGUUUAAUCGUAUUGCCAAAUCAGCGAUUGAUGGAGGUCCAGGCUAGUGCCGGAUCGCCAAUGUCCAUCAAUCAGGCAUUUUCGAUGGUCGACGAUGUUCUUUACAACGGUGUCAAGGGUAUCUCUGAUAUUCUAGUGAAGCCAGGUUUGAUCAAUUUGGAUUUCGCAGACGUCCGAUCGAUUAUGUGUGACAGUGGAAAAACACUGAUGGGAACCGGUGAGGCUGAGGGUCAAGGACGUGAUCUUAUUGCCGCCGAACAAGCUUUGAACAACCCAUUGUUGGAGAAUAUCGAUAUUGCCGGUGCCAAAGGUGUGCUACUUAAUAUUUCAGGUAGUGAUGUUACACUUGCCGAGGUCGACCAGAUCGUCAGUUUAGUAAGCAGUCGUGUCGACCCAUCUGCCAACAUCAUCUUUGGUUCCACUUUGGAUCCAGAGUUGAGUGGAAAAGUUAGAGUCACUUUGAUUGUCACUGGAAUCAACAAUGAAUUAUUACAUGAAAAGUUGGAACAACAAUACAAUGCACAAGUUCAACAACAACAAAUUCAACAACAACAGCAACAACAACAACCACAAGUUCAACAUCAACAACAACCACCACAGUUUCAACAAAUGAAUCCACAACAAAUUCAACAACAACAAUUCCAUCAACAACAAACUAAUGUAAUGGCUGGAAACAAGCAGCCACAGCAAGGUUCAAGUGUUUUCAGCGGAGCUAUCAAACAACAACAAAACACAUUCGAUCCAAAGCAACAACAACAACAACAACAACAUCUCAUGGAACAACAAAAACCAAAAUACACUUACCCAUACCAACAAUUCCAGCAACAACAAGCUCAACAACCACAACAAGCUCAACAACCACAACAAGUUCAACAACAACAACAAAAGCCAAUGAAUGUUCAACAACAGCAACCACAACAAUACCAACAACCAAUUCAACAACAACAACAACAGCAGCAACCACAACAACAACAAAACUUGAUGUACCAACAAGACCAACAACAACAACAGCCACCAUUCCAACAAAACAACCAAUUCUAUAAUCAAGUUCCACAACAACCAGAAUCACAACCAAAAAGAUGGUGGGAGAACUUAAUAUAA